AUGGCGUGGAGAGUUCUGUGUUUGAGGUGUUGUCUUUCCUUGGCAUUAAUUUACACCAGCAUACACGGAAGUCCAGAACAACAAUCUGUCUCUGAUGGCGAUAAAAGUAAAAUACAGGCACUGAGCGAAGUGAACAGCGAUUUUGCUUUCCGUCUGUACAAAAGCGUUGUGUCUGGUGCUCAGUCCCAGAACGUGUUCUUCUCUCCACUGAGUGUGUCCACAGCAUUGGCUGCAGUGUCUUUAGGAGCAGGUGGUGAGACUCAUCAACAGCUUCUCAGUGGCCUCGGCUUUGAGGGUUCUGCCUUCAUGAAUCAGGAGAUGCACCAAGCCUUCCUCGAUCUCCUGCAAAACCUCAAUCAGAGGUCAGGGGUUGACCUGGAUGUGGGCACUGCUGUCUAUGUGAAUGACACCUUUAAACCGUAUCCUGAAUUUCUGGAGAAACUUAAACGUUUUUAUCUCUCUGAUGGCUUCUCUGUUGAUUUUACAAAGACCACUGAGACCACUAAUCAGAUCAACAAAUAUUUAAAUGAAAAAACACAUGGCAAAAUCAGCAAUUUUAUUGAAAAUCUGGAUUCAAGUACCAUCAUGAGUCUGCUCAGCUACAUAUAUUUUAAAAGUAAAUGGUCCAUCCCAUUUGACCCCCAAGACACUAGAGAAGACCAGUUCCAUGUGGAUAAAGAAACAACCGUUCCUGUUCAAAUGAUGUCUAUGUGGGGAUAUUUCGACAGCUACUAUGAUCAGAAACUGUCUGUCAGAGUCCUUCGUCUAGAUUAUAAAGAUUCAUUCUCCAUGAUUCUGGCUCUUCCUGAUACAAACAUUACCCAUUUGGAAGAGACUUUGCAUCCACACCACCUAACCAAGUGGCAAAAAUUGAUGUCAGUAAGCGAGCAUGACAUCUAUCUCCCUAAACUGUCCCUAAAAACUUCAUAUUCUCUAAUCAACAUUCUGGCUGAAAUGGGGUGUAAGGAUAUGUUCACUGCUAAAGCUAACUUCUCAGGGAUUUCUGAUGAAAAUCUGUUAGUUUCUGAGGUUGUACAUAAAGCUACUCUAGAUGUGGAUGAAGCCGGAACCGAAGCAACAGCGGUGACUGAGAUAGAUUCAAUCAUAGGUUCUUCUGGACUAACUGUAACACUGAAAUUUGAUCACCCAUUUAUGAGCUUUAUAGUUGACCAAAAAACAAACAAUGUCCUCUUCAUGGGGAAAAUUGUAAAUCCAGCUAAUUCCGGGGUCAAACAGCAAUAAAUGUUUCUCUGCAUCUACA